AUGUGCAACCAAUGUGCUGAACGAGAAAAACAAAAUAGAUUAGAUAAACAACUCAAAGCCAAAUCGCAAGACAACGAAAAUACUCUAUCACUGCCCUUAAAUGACGACAUGCCCAUAGAUGCAGAUAAUAGCGAAAGCAGUGAUGACGAACUUCUUUACGAAGUGUGUGAUCUUGAAGAGCUCGUAACCAUCAAUUUUAGGGAUAGUGAAGAGGAGGAUGACAAGGUCGAAUUCUCUAUAAUGAUAAAAAUCAAAAGCGAAUUAGUUAAUAAAGAAAUAUUAUCACCGGAAUUAGAUUAUGAUGAAGCUGAAAAAUUUCAAAUCAUGCCUAUCUCAGAGACAUCGAGUAGUCAUAGCGCAAGUGCACUUAUUUCUGAACACUACGAAGUUAUCGAAAGCAGAAAAGCAGAGCUAAUGUCAGAUAUGAAAACAUUCGAGACGUUAGUGAAGAUUAUAAACAAUGAUAUUGAAAAUGACAAGCUUUAUGAAACAUAUAAGAUUUUUAGGCAGCCUCUUGUUGACGAGACCACCGCAUGUAACGAAGCUCUUAACGCAAGAAGAUAG